ACUGGGAGUUUGCCGUCUGUCUUUCCCGGGGCGUACUGCCACAGACUACCCAGUCACCCAAAAUACACACACGCAGUGCACCAAGAGUUCAAGAGCGCUUUUCAGUUUAACUAACAUUACAGGGAGUGGAAAUAUCUGCAGGAAGACCUCAUUUUAUCCAUCCACUUUCCUUUCGGUCGGGUUGAGGUUGUGCCAAGUGUCAUACUUUUGGUCGUUUUUUUUUUUUUUGUUUGCAACGGACAACUUUCUGAGACACUGCUAUUCAUGUGGUGCACUUGCACGCGAGAAGAGACGAAGUCAGCGAGCGAGCAGGGUUGCAGAGAAGCACAAAGUGAAAACACUACAAGAUGACUCCACACAGUAUGAAGAAAGAGGACUCUGGCAAUCAGAGCUGGAAUGAGGUUGGGGCUAUGUUCUGCUUGUCUGGCAGUAAUUAUGGAGGCAAAGGGAAGAGGUUUAUGGCACUAUUCCAUCCAGGGGUCACACUGUUUGGACUGAUUUUGUUGGCCAUCCUCCCUGUUGGAGCAAGCAUCAAACAGAGUGUCCCCAGGGUCAAACUCAGCCAUAAAGAACUGCUGCAGGUGGGCAGUGUAUCUCUGUUUUUGAGUCCCUCCAAUGGCCUUCAUUCGCAGUCGCUGCUGUUGGAUGAAGAGAGGGGUCGUCUUCUGUUGGGAGCCAGGGACCACAUCUACUUGCUUGACCCUGACAAUCUGGCUGAAUCACCUACAAAGAUUCACUGGCCUGCUCUGAAGGAAAACGUGGAAAUGUGCAAACUGGCUGGCAAAAAUGAAAAUCUGGAAUGUGCAAAUUUUAUCAGGGUCCUUCACAAUUACAACCGAACACAUGUCUAUGCCUGUGGGACAGGGGCCUUCCACCCCACCUGUGCAUUCAUUGAAAUCACUGGCCACAAAAAGGAUGGCGUUUUGAAGCUGCUGUCUAAUACAGAGGAGUCUGGCAGGUUGAAAUGUCCUUUUGAUCCCUUGCAGCCAUUUACAUCAGUCCUCACAGAUCAGUACCUGUAUGCGGGCACAUCUUCAGACUUCCUGGGCAAAGAUACAACGUUCACACGCUCCCUAGGCCCUCCUCCUGACCAACACUACAUACGCACAGACAUCUCUGAAGACUACUGGAUCAAUGAGGCCAGGUUUAUAGCUGCUCAUCCCAUUGCAGACACCUACAAUCCAGAUGAUGAUAAAGUAUACUUUUUCUUCCGCGAGGUGUCCUGGGAAGGCAACGACAAAAGCAUCCUGUCCCGAGUGGCUCGUGUAUGCAAGAAUGAUGUGGGUGGGCUGAGGAGUCUGACCAAUAAAUGGACAACCUUCCUCAAAGCCAGACUUGUGUGUUCCAUCCCUGGGCCAGAUGGCGUGGACACACACUUUGAUCAGCUCCAGGAUGUCUUUCUACUCCCAACCAGAGAUGACAAAAACCCCAUAGUGUAUGCAGUCUUCACAACCUCUAGUUCCAUUUUCCGUGGCUCAGCAGUGUGUGUUUAUAGCAUGGCAGACAUAAGGGCUGCGUUUAAUGGACCGUAUGCCCACAAGGAGGGGCCUGACCACCGCUGGGUAGAAUAUGAGGGGAGGAUACCAUAUCCCCGUCCUGGAACGUGCCCAAGCAAAACAUAUGAUCCAAGGAUCAGGACCACUAAAGACUUCCCGGAUGAAGUUGUCAGAUUUAUUCGAUUCCACCCUCUGAUGUAUCGCUCUGUCUACCCUCUCACUGGUCGUCCUGUGUUCACACGUGUCAAAGUUGACUACACCUUGACUCACAUUGUGGUGGACAGAGUUUUGGCAGAUGAUGGCCAGUAUGAGGUUAUGUUUCUGGGAACAGAUGUUGGCUCCAUUCUUAAGGUAGUGAGCAUCACUCAAGAAAACUGGUCAACAGAGGAAGUGGUUCUUGAAGAGCUUCAAGUGUUCCAGAAUCCCUCUCCUAUCCUUAGUUUGGAGAUCUCGUCUAAACAGCAACAGCUCUACGUGGGUUCAAGAGAGGGUCUAGCCCAGGUUUCACUCAGCAGAUGCCACCUAUAUGGCCAGGCUUGUGCUGAAUGCUGCCUGGCACGAGAUCCCUACUGUGCCUGGGAUGGACACACAUGCGCACGAUACAUCCCUGCCUCUAAGAGGCGAGCUAGAAGACAGGACAUCAAGAAUGGAGACCCUGCCAUGCAGUGCUGGGACACAGAAGACAGUCAUGGUACUGGGAGUGUGGAGGAGAAAAUUCUCUUCGGGGUGCAGAGCAACUCCACAUUUCUCGAGUGUAUCCCCAAAUCUCAGCAGGCCCGGAUUCGAUGGUACAUGCAAAGACCGGGAUCUGAACGCAGAGAGGAGGUCAGAUUUGAUGAUCGAGUAAUUCACACGGAAAGAGGUCUCCUAAUUCGCUUCCUUCAUGCUUCUGAUGCCGGUGUGUAUAUCUGUGUAGCUCAAGAGCACACACACUUCACCCACACUCUCCUCCGUGUCACUCUACAAGUUGUUACAAAUGGACAGCUAGACAGAAAAGCCAAGCCGAGUGACGACUCUGCCGGUGGGCUACACCAUGGAACAGAGUCACGUCAGCGAUAUAAAGACUACCUGAGAGCGAUGAGCUCUCCCUUCAGCUCUCUAGAGGAGUACUGCGACGCACUGUGGCUGGAUAAGAGGCCGUUGAGGGUUCGAGGGCGAGGCUUAGGAAAUGGCAAAUGGAAACACAUCCAGGAAAUGAAGAAGAGCCGGAACAGGAGACACCACAGAGAGAAUGUGGAAAAGAAAGAGAAACAGAAGCAAGGGAGGGUAGUGAGGACAGCAGAACAAUAGGCGACAGGAUAUAGAAACAUUAAGGAUGUUUAUAUUUACUGGUUUAAGGAUCAAACUAAUGUGACUCAGAACUGUGAAACUGCAGUGUCAGAUGAGCAAGUAAACUUUAACUCUUAAAGUGACAUGAAAGACGAUCAGUGAAACAUGCAGUGCAAAAAUGUAAUAUACUUUGCAAACAACUUGAAGUAGUAGAGGUAUGCUACAGGAAAACGCACAGUUAACUUUGUAAAUAAAUUAUCCAUUGACAUCACUCAAGCCUCAGUACUGGUUUGAUGAAAGAUUGCUACAUGACUGCUCUUUCCAAUAGUUUGACAGACUGCUGUUGCUCAUUUUACUCCAAAGUUUCAUAGGGCUAAUACAACAUUUGGUCACUUAAUGAGGUUAAAAGUUAGGAUUUGUAAUAUUGGAAUUAAGAUGAUGGCAUUACUUUCAUUAUGUAUGACUGUAAAUAUUUAUAUGACAUGUACAGGAGAUAUAGCAUGCUCAGUUUAGUCUUAUUACUGACCUAUAACAGUAAUCAUUUAUGAUGUUAUUCUAAAAUGACAUAUUUUUGUACAAUCCUUUUUACUCUUGUGUACUGUAGGUGCAAUAGAGGGUUUUUUAUUAUAACUGUUUGUGAACGUUAUUUAAAUAAAUGUGUCUUGGAGCCUCUGUUCCUUAAAUUUAUUGCAUACUUAUAUUCUGUGCACAGAUAAAAUAAGUAUGCAAAAACUUUACUGCUGCAGUUACAGGCAGUCUCAAGUAUAUGAAAGGCAUACUCAGAAUUAGUUAGGGUUAGCUCAGCUGAGCCUCUCCUGAUAUAGCAACACGAGUCCCUGUACACUGUAUGCAGAUGUCAGAAUGAUUCAGGACCAGCUGGUUUGUUGUUUCAUGUGUGUCCCUGUGUGUGUGAGUGUGUAAAGGUAAAAGUGUAAAAGACAAGAGAAAGUGGCAUUUUCAGUAGAAACCAUUCAAAAUAUAAAAGGCUGUGAUCAAACCCAGUUACAGAUUUCCCAAAAUAAAAAUAAAAAGUUGAGAUGGCAUCAGUGUCAGAGGCAUGAGCAUGAAAACCAAGCAUUAUGCAACCUAGUGUGCCUGACCUGAAUUUUAUGUACAGACUUACAUAAAAAUGGAAGUAAUAUGAUACAUGGUGCUUGUAUUUCAGGCUGAAAAUAAAAUGACAAGGCUCUUCUGUAAAAGGCAUCAUCACAGUCAUGGGAGUCCUGUUUUAAUUGAUUUAGUGGUAACAUCUUAAAUUGAAUUUUGAGUGAGCUGCUGAAAUACUGGAAGAAGAGUCACAUAGAAAAUUAGUCUCAAACUCAAAUAUAUAUAUAUAAAAAAUAUGACUUUCAGAAAUAUUAUUAUCAUUGUCUCAUAGACCAUAACUGCACCAUAAAUACCUAUAACUGCCUUUAUGAUGGACACUGUGUUUUUCUUACAGAGACACAUUUUAUUGUGCUUACUUUCUCCCCAUCUAACUGUAUAAAUAGGUCUCCCAUUUUGUGCUUUUCCACAGUGAUUUUCAGAGCUUCUUGUAACAACGACAAUAAAUAUUUCAAACGCUU